AUGCACAGAAGGGAAAUGGCGUCGAACCGUUCAAAGCUAGCCAGUUUGAUCUUAGAUGAUGGUUCUGUAUACAAAGGGAAGCUGUUUGGAUCAGCUAAGUGCGUUGCUGGUGAAGUUGGUAAGGCAUUACUUAGUGUUAUUUGUUUUCAAAAGUUGACUAGUCGAGCAUCGAACUCACGUGUUCGAUCCCUUUUCCUCUACAGUACCGAAAUGGUUGAAAUAAGCCCGUGAAAUCGUUGUUCAAAAGUGGGAGACUGUUUUAUAUUAGAAAUUUUAGAGGCUGUAAGUUCUGAUAUGCGAGGAGAAUGAAAUUGUGACUCUUUAAUUACAUAAUUAAGUCUUGCUUUCUCCGUGUACAGCUUUUUCUGUCAUAGAAUAGAAUACAUUCUAACGAAACGACAUUUUUUUACUUACUGGUAAAGAGAUUCGACAAAAAACUUUGCCAUAUGAAACCAACCAAAGGGAAAUGACAUGAAGGAAAGCUUUGAUGUACCUAUGUGAACGAUUAAGGAAAAUGUUGUGUGGCUUAGUUUUCUCGUAACCUCUUGCACGUGGUAGAGAAGCAGUAGCUAUGUCAGCACGUGGUACAUGAGCAAUAGCAAUGUUGAGAAGGUCCCGGAUGUCAAAGCAUGAAAUGUGACAUCCGGUCACAAAUGUGGCUGGGAGCUUGUAGGAAAAUAUUUUGAAGAUAGUAGAUGUAUCAGUAAAUAAAGUUUUCUUACAUUAAAGCCAGAGAGUUUAUCAUAAACAGGCAUGUUUAGAAAUAUGGAUAAUCAGUUUUAAGACAUAAAAGCUAGCUAAGGAUGAGAAGACAUUCACUAAACCCUUUAAUUCCCAUGAGUGACCACGACAGAAUUUUUCCUUACAAUAUAAACACAAUAUCAAGCAGACAAGUGAUGAGAAGAAAGAAAAUAUUAAUAAGGGGAUUACAUAGUUGAUCUAAUACCAAGUUCUCCAAACUAACACCACAAGAGCUAUAUGGCAGACAGUAAGGAGAAUUACUUAUGAGAUCUGGGGAGAUAAAGGGUUAACUCCCACAAGUGAUUAACUUGUAACUUCUCAUUAUGAUAUCCAUAAACUAUCUAGCAAAGAGGUAAUGAGAAUACUCCAAUUUAUCAGGUAGAAGUUGUUAUCUUGACCUAGUGCCCAAUUCUUGUAGCUAAUUUAUAAUAAAAUGUAUAGCAGCCAGAGAGGAGAAUUUAAAACCAGAUCUUAGGGUUGAUGAGUUAAGCCAACACCAUUUGACUCAAAGUCCAACAAAAUAUGCUCUUAAUGCCAAUAGGUCUAAAAAAAAACAAUUUAUAAAUGAAAAAGUAAAUAAAUAACUAACACUUUUAUGAUUAGUGUUUCAGACUGGUAUGGUUGGAUAUCCACAAUCCCUCACAGAUCCAUCAUACAGAUGUCAAAUUCUUACUCUCACCUACCCACUGAUUGGAAACUAUGGAGUCCCAGAUGGAAAGAAGGACUCAUAUGGUUUAAAAGCUGAGCUUGAGUCAGAUAAAAUCUGGGCAGCUGCACUGGUUGUUGGUGAUUAUGUGGAAGAGUACAGUCACUGGAAUGCAAAGAAAUCACUUUCUCAAUGGCUAGAAGAAGAGGGGGUACCAGGAAUUAGUGGUUAGUUGUUUGGUUUUGAUCAGGUAUUUUUUGAAAAAAGAAAUUGUAGUUCAUUUUCAGGAGUUGUAUGAAAAUGUUAUGGUUGAUUGGGAAGGGAUGUAGGGACGAUGGUAUAAUAGUCCAUUCUAUUAUUCCUAGCUUUCCAAGAUGCUUUGAGAGAUCUUCCUUUUACUAGGUGAUCGAUGUUAAAACAAAUGAAUACAAUUCAGGUAGUAAACUCUAAAAUUGCUAGCCAACACAAAUUAAAUAGUCUAUAAUUUGUAAACAAUGGUUGUUGAAAUGGGUUCCAAGGAUACACCCCUAUUUUAAGUUUCCUGCCUCUAGCAGAAUGAUAACUGGCUUACUGAAGUUCUAAUAAAUAUUAAAUAGAAAAACUAAAGGAAAGUUUCUUGUGUAAUUCCAAUUUGAUGUUUAAAUUCAGGGAUUUAAACUUUCAGCUAACAUUUCAGAUAGGUCUUUGCCAGAGAAACUGGUGACAACAGACUUUGAUGACUGGUCUUUGAGGAGCAACCCUCUGAUUCUUGUCCUCAUGGGGAUUUUUCCCUUUCACCUUGUUGGUGUCUUAAAGAGAAGAAGAAGACUUAGCAAGGUUCUGUUGGCACUUGCAAAGUUGUCCAGUAAUAACAGUGACAAGGCAGUAGUUCAAUAAUUUUUUUUUGACAUUGUUUGAUUUCUUACAUCAUUAUAAUACAUGUCUUUCAGGUAUUGACACAAGAGCAUUGACCAAAAAGAUCAGAGAAACAGGAUGUAUGUUAGGAAAAGUAGUGAUUGAAGAUGUUGAACCAGCGUCUGUACCAUUUGACGACCCAAAUCAGAGAAACUUAGUUGCAGAGGUUUCAUCAAAGGUUAGCUUUAUAAGUCUAAAAUUUCAAAAAGAUCAAAUCAGAUUGGAGGGCUUUCUAAAGACCAGGCAUCUUCUAAAUUGUCAAGAUUAUUCCGUAGUGAAGUGUUUUUCUGUAUUUAUUAUAAGUCAAGCUUUUGUCCACUAUGGAACAAGAGAAAAUACGCAUACCAUAAGUAGUAUUUUGGGUUUUCUGUUUGUUAGAAUAGGGAUAUUAGAUGACAUGCACAAAUAUCUAUAGACUUUUUAUGCCUAUGAUUUUGAAUUUGUUUGAGGUUUCUUAACUAAUGCUUGGUACUUGAAUGAAGAAAAUACAAAUUUGAUCAAACAAUUUGAUUUGUUUUACCCAUAAUUGAUAAAAUAAUAAAACCUAAAAAUAAUGUUUUUGUAAUUUUACAUAAGAAGGAAGCUUUAUAACUAUUGCCAAGCACUCUUUGGUAAAAUUUGAAAUAGUUGAAAAAAAUGUAAAUUAUUAGUUUACCAAAUUAAAAACACAUGGCCACUGUAAACAGUUUCUAAAGCUAAUGCUCAAAAUGUGAUAUUUGGAAACCCUUCACAGUGGCCAUUUUACAAUCUCAUUUCAGUUGGUAGAACCAAAUUAUCAUGUAACACCCCAAUUGAUGCUGCACCACAGUUUCUAAAGAAACUGGAUCAUGUGUACUAUAGGUGGCCUCGAUUGACAUAUAGGCCAACAAUCAACUGAUAUAUCGGUCGACUAUCAGUCGACUAUCAGUCGGCAAUUGACCAACUAUCGGUUGACAGUCGACGGAUAGUUGACUGAUAUAUCGACCGAUAGUCAACCAAUGCAUCAGCCGAUAUGUACACAUUUAUCAGUCGACUGUCGGCCGAUAUAUUGGUCCAGUGUCGACCGAUCUAUCGGUUGACUAUUGACCGAUAGAAGGUUGACUGUCGACCAAUAGUCGACCUAUAGUUGGUCGACUAUCGGCUGAUAUGUUGACGGAGGCCACCUAGAGUACACAUGAUCUGAGAAACUUUCCUCCUUUAUUCAUUUCUUGUUUCAAUUGGGCCAAUUAAUGUAUUUGACCAAGAGCAUAGCUGACAUAGGAAUGCAAUUUAUAGCUUAUUUCCUGUAAUAGAUUGGUCAUUUUGAUGAAGUUACCACAGAAACAGAAGUUACACAGUAAUAAUUUGUUACACUGUAAUUAUUUUGACAGGCACCGGUUGUUUAUAACCCAGAUGGUGAGUUAAAGAUCAUUGCUGUGGAUUGUGGAAUAAAAUACAACCAGAUAAGGUGUCUCAUUGCCAGAGGAGCUGCUGUUAAAGUUGUUCCUUGGAAUUACAAUUUCAAUGAUGAUGUAGAAAAAGGAGGUAAGUUUUUUCGCUACCAUGUGGUACAAUAAGUAAAAUUCAAAUUUUGAAAAAUGUAGUCACCAAUUAACUACUGCAUUGCUAAGUGGAGGUUGGUGCCUGAAACAUCCAGGAGUGUCCACUUUUGGCAGCCAGCCCCAUGGCCAGUAAAUCCUGGCAACCCAGCCACGAGUCCCCACAUAGGGAAGGGAAACAGGCAUCCAUUACACUGAAUAAACAGUGGUAAGAGGGAGGGAAGGGGUGGGGAAAAUUGCCUGGACAAUGAGCAGCCACUUCUCACAAUGCUGCAAGUUAAUGCUCAAAGCACACACAAGGAUGCACAUGGAGUUCCAACGCAUGUGUAUAUGCAAAAAAACUGCUGACUACUAGAGAACGCCGAUGCUCUUUGUUGGUAACUCUGUUAAAGUGCAUUCAACUGCUUAUUAUGCAUAGUUUGAGAAUGUAAGCAAAUUUUUCAUGUUUCUCUUUUGCUCUCAAUGCUACCUGCGCAUGUUUUUGGUAAAGGAGAAGUCUAGCAAAUAAGUGAUGGUGACACAUCAAGUUAUUUGGGAAAUCCUAACCAAAUGGAACUUCAACCUUAGUCAAUGUUUUGCCCUUGGUAGAAUGUCUAUUGUUCAUGUAAAUGAUGGAGUUAGCACAUUGAAGUUUAGAGCAAGAUAUUUUUCAAUCAGUGAUUAUUUUUUGCUUUUUUUUGCAGAGUGUGAUGGUGUGUUUCUAAGCAACGGUCCUGGAGACCCCACUUUCACUACUGAUACUAUUAACAAUAUCAGAAAGUUUACUGAACGUACAAAUCUUAAACCUCUCUUUGGAAUUUGCUUUGGUCAUCAGCUCCUGGGAUUGGCUGUUGGAUGUAAAAGCUUCAAAAUGAAGUUAGUUGAAGAAAAUCUUGUUCCUGCCUUUUUUUGUUGUUAAUCAGCCUUUAUGAAAACCAUAUUUUUAAAGUCUACACUGUAUAACAGGAAAGAAUUACUCAUCUUCUCUAACAAUGCUACAAUUUAGAGAAGUUACUUUAGAAUUCUUUGGGAAAAAAGUGAAAACUCCUCUUAAGCCUGAAAAGCUGAUACUUGCAGUGUUAGUCUAUUGGACAGCAAAGUACUUUUAUUAUCUCUCUAACCUGUCUAAUUUUGCUCCAAUGAAGGGCUUAUAAUCAAAACAUGGUUGCAGUGGUCAGGACUAAUUAAAAGUUCUCCACUGAAUGACUUAAAAUCAUGAAAUGGUCUCAAGAAGUAAAUUUUACAUAACACAGAGAAAGGAAAUUCUGUGAAAAAUGUACUUGCCUUUUGAUGCACCAAAACAGUUACCUUAAAAGCAUAUUACUUUUUUGUAAAACAAAAUCAUGUAAAUGUUUCAGCAGGCCCACAGGAAAACAUUCUGUUACAAUUAUGUUCAUUUUGUAGGUAUGGAAAUCGAGGUCACAAUAUUCCUUGCAUACAUCAUGGCACAGAUCGCUGUUUUAUCACCACACAGAACCAUGGCUUUGCUAUUGACACCAACUCUCUACCACCUGAGUGGUCAGUGUUGUUUACAAAUGCUAAUGACCAAACAAAUGAAGGGAUAAUUCAUAACAGCAAGCCAUUCUUUAGUGUGCAGUUUCACCCAGAACAUAUGGCUGGACCACAGGACUUAGAGUUGUUGUUUGACAUCUUUUUGUCCACAGUCAAGCAGUUCAAACAAACUGGAGAGCAAUCAGUAUCAGUUAAGGAAAAGAUUCAGCAGUCACUGAAAUUUGAGCCAUUAGUCUCCCCCAGUGAACACAGAUCCAAGAAAAUUUUGAUUUUAGGUUCUGGAGGUUUGUCUAUUGGACAAGCUGGAGAGUUUGAUUACUCAGGGUCACAGGUGAGGCCACAAAUGUAAUGCUUUACUUAACUGACGCACUUUGGGAAUAGUAAUAUAAAUUUGACACAAAAAAAAUAGCUGGCAAGUGUCGCAGUGCCUGUAUAUUGGUAUCAUGUAAUCUCUGGGCAGGUAUGUAGCUUAUAUAUAGUAUUGUUAACUUUCUGCAGGCUAUUAAAGCUCUGAAAGAAGAAGGCAUCCAAACUGUUUUGGUGAAUCCUAACAUUGCUACAGUGCAGACAUCAAAAGGCCUUGCAGACAAAGUCUAUUUUCUGCCCAUUACAGCCAACUAUGUCACUCAGGUAAUUAAACUGACCAUUUUGUUGUUAGAAUAAUAUGAUUUUUAAAUUUUAAUUUCAUAUUCUCAAAAUAAUAUUGACAAUAGUCAGUUUUAAUGAAUAUUUGUUUUUCUUUUUCCUAUUAAUGUACAAUCUAGGUCAUUCAAAGUGAACACCCAGAUGGUAUCCUUUUGUCAUUUGGAGGUCAAACUGCUCUGAACUGUGGCAUUGAGCUUCAAGCAAGUGGUGUACUUGAGAAGUAUGGUGUCCAAACACUAGGGACUCCAGUUAGUUCUAUAGUUUGUACUGAAGACAGAAAGAUGUUUGCUGAGAAACUGGCAGAAAUUGGGGAGAGAGUUGCCCCAAGUGAAGCAGUGUAUUCUGUUGAGCAGGUUAGUGCAUGUUUGUGUGAGCUGCUUGGGAGGGGGGGGUAGUGGUGAAUGACACAAACCUAAGCCUUGAUAGCUCUCGGCAUCAUGCAAAAAAUUGGAUCCAAUGACAUUAUUAUUUCAUGAUGUAUGCUAAAAAGCUGUUUUCUGUUAUUAUGAUGGGACCUCUACAAGUGUAGAAACUAUUGUAUACUGGUGUGACAUUACAAAAACAGUUUUGACAAGAAUUAGUUACAUUCCUAUGGGUGUUGUCGAAAUCCAUGUCUAGGCUAUUGCUGCCGCUGAAAGACUUGGGUAUCCUGUGUUAGUGCGGGCAGCAUUUGCACUUGGUGGCUUGGGGUCAGGAUUUGCUCAGGACAGAGAAGAACUGGUUUCCCUUGUCAAUGCAACCUUUGCCCAUACCAAGCAAGUGAACCUGGACAAAUCAUUGAAAGGAUGGAAGGAGAUUGAAUAUGAGGUUGUCAGAGAUGCUUUUGACAACUGCAUCACAGUGAGUAUAGUACAGUGUGAUAAAAUUGUGUUCAUAUAAUUCCUCUAAAAACAUAUGUGUUAUGUAUACAGUAGUUGGGGAGACACUUCAGCAAAAUGGUUAGGGUGGUGGACACUGUAUUUGAGAAAUGGUCAGUUGAUAGUGUAAUGUUCGUAGGCAAGACACUUUCUCUCCUUCCCAACACAGUGCCUCUCUCCACCUAGUAUAAAAAGGUGUCACCAAACUGACCAGAAAACCUGACAAAAUGCUGCAGGGAGAGCGUGAUGAGCAGCUUUGUGCUGGAAAGAUAUAUAUAUAUAUGCUAAUUAGCUGGCUGCACAUUAAAUGUGCAGCCAGCUAAUUUGCAAUUCAGGCCAUCCAUGUCCGGUCAAGAACAAUUUGAUUUACCGCAUCAACAACAGGAUUAUAGCUUGAGACCUCACAAUCCACCUGCUGGGAAUUCUCUCUGUCUAAUUAGUCAGGCACAGAUGCCAAAUGAAUAUGCAACAUACUUGUUGUUUGGUCACCUGUUGUUGAAUGAACAACCUUUGUUGACGUGCUUGAGACCUCUGGUGGGACAGAAGGUAUUGCAGUCAUCAGGGAAUCAACAAAACAUUUAGUUCUUUGCCAAAGCAUUCAGCCUGAUUCCACAUUAACUUUUUGUUUCCACAUACCAGUGCUUGUUGGGGUUAAGAUUGGAUCCUAUAAUUCUAGAAAGCUCAGCUGAUGGAUCGAAGACUUCAGCCUCUAUGAUGAGAUUGUGUUAAGUGAUUCUGAUCCAAGAUUUGUUGUGUUUUCUUAAUUGAAAUUCAUGCUUCAGUGAAGUUAUAAUUAUUAGGUGAACCAUUAACUUAUAAUCAACAGGUUUAAGUAACUGCAUGUAAUUCUCUACAUUGAUGACAGAAAUGAUAGUACCUCUGUUGUAGAAUGCAUGCUACGCAUUAUUUUUGGGGCAAAGUUCCUCAUGGAAGGGGAGGGGGGGGACAAUAACCUGUAAUGGACCAAGGAAGAAGCAGUACUUUGUAUAUCUUCAUGCUACGGAAACCAGCACAAGCUCUGGCUGGAUUUGCUACUUUGGACAAAUACAGAGUCAAAUGUUUUACCAAUCCAUCAUUGUUUCCCUGUAGGUUUGUAACAUGGAGAAUGUUGAUCCACUUGGUAUCCACACUGGAGAGUCCAUUGUUGUUGCUCCAAGUCAGACACUUACCAAUUCAGAAUACAACAUGCUGCGCUCUUGUGCUGUCAAGGUUAUCAGACAUCUUGGAGUUGUUGGAGAAUGUAACAUACAGUAUGCUCUUAAUCCAGAAUCUAAAGAGGUUUGUAUUUUUUUUUAUAUGAAGUAUGUGUGUGUUAUUACUAUAACUAUCCUCUAUCCCAGUCUUGUGUAUUGGAUUCUUUUCACCACUUUGUUUCAAUAGUUUCUGUAUUUGUUUAUUUGAUGAUUUCUUUUUUUUGGAAUUAAGGUGCAAAUGAGGCAUGGUGCAUUUAUGCCAAAAAUAACAUGAAAUGAUGACAAAAAGAUAAAAACUUUUUUCUUCAUGGUGCACUUAAAUAAACAACUAUGCAAAUGUAAAUUUUACCUGCUUUUGUUUUUGUUUUUUUUGAUCGCUAGUAUUUCAUCAUUGAGGUAAAUGCACGGCUUUCUCGAAGUUCAGCUCUCGCAUCAAAGGCUACAGGCUAUCCCUUGGCAUAUGUUGCAGCAAAGUUAGCUCUGGGAAGACCCUUACCAGUGUUAAGGAACUCAGUCACCAACUCUACAACAGCUUGCUUUGAGCCUAGCCUGGAUUAUGUUGUUGUUAAAAUUCCCAGAUGGGACUUGGGCAAGUUCAGCAAGGUUAAUACAAAGGUAAGAAGCACCUACCGUGCUGUGAGCAAUUUUAGCUUAGACACUGCCUCUGGCAAGCACUAUUUGGAGAAAUUCAUCUCGAGGAAAUAACUUUUUGCACAUCCUAAGCAGUUGUGAAAUGAAAUGAUUAAUUCUUAUGUAACUUUUCAAUCUGUAGAUUGGAAGCUCAAUGAAAAGUGUCGGAGAAGUAAUGGCUAUUGGACGACGGUUUGAAGAGGCCCUACAGAAAGCCCUAAGGAUGGUGGACGAGUCAAACCUGGGUUUUGAUUCUCAUGGCCAUACUGCAUCUGAUGAGGUAAGUUCCUUUUUCUUCGUACAAUCUUCAUCACCUAUGUCCUUGACUGUGUACCAAAUAGUUUGUAGAAACUAUGUGCCUGGGAGUGUAAGGGUUACAAAUAGUCUGUUCUACUCAGGUUUUUGACAUUAGUAAAACCCUUCUGUCAAAAUAAUUGUGAUUUCUGUGAUAUAGGAAUUGAAGCAGCCUUCUGAUCAGCGUAUUCAUGUGCUUGCUGCUGCAUACAAGGAAGGGUACAGCAUAGAUAAGCUGUACGAGCUGACAAAGAUUGACAAGUGGUUUUUGAGCCGCAUGAAGUGCAUCAUGGAUUAUGCACUUUUGUUGAAAAAUUACAGAGAAAAGGCUGAGGUAAGAACAAAUUCUUCAGACAUUUUCCUCUCUAGCAUGACUUAACUUACCCUUUUUUGAAUCAAUGGAUCAGUUACUAUUGUCAGGUUAGACAACAUAAGAACAACUCAAAUCAUAAAAGCUUUUUGUUGGCAUGAUUGAAAAAUUAAUACAAGCUAACAGGGCACCAAAAUUCAUCUAGUUGACAGACAUAAAUAAAUUUCUUUUGAUUGUUUGUAUUGGUGUUCCUUUAAAUGAUAGCAGCUGUGUGAAUUCUAGGACACAAUGUAUAAUUUUGUUCAUUGAUAUGUAUAGAAUUUCUUGUAAUAAUAUUGUCUUAUGCUGCACUCGUGAGUGUUGUUUUAUUGACAAUUUUUUAUUGGUGAUUUAUGCUCCCUGUAGCCUGGUCAACCGUCAUCAACAUCUACACCCUUAAUGCACAGAGAGAAGGUAGAGAGUUUGAAGUAGCAAACAGCAAAUUAAACUCAAAACGUUAUGAACAUUUUUAUUAACCAACUAACUGCUUUACAAGGACAGGGAAAGUUAGAAAGCAUCUAGCGACAAUCAUGGUAACGUCUUGCACUAUUAAUAGCUAACCUUUAAUAUAUGAGCUAAACAUGUCCAUUAUAACAAAUUAAAAAUUGACUAGUCAUUUUGAAAUAAAGCUGCUGGAUUAAAACUCUUUUAGCAUUUUAAAUAGCUACUUGAAAACAAGGUAAGAAGUCAAAUUGUACUAAACUUGAAUAUGUAAUUACUUGAAACACUAACAUACAUGUAAUAUGUGAAUAACAAAAGACUGUAAAUGAUAAUCAGAAAUGCAACAAUCAUACAACUUUAACUACUGUUACCUUGACACUCAGAAAAUCCUGAUCAUGAGAAAUUUUUCUGGAAAGUGGCUAUGUUGCGAGAACAAUCCAAUCAGACAAUCAGACAUAGUUUGCCAUCAUGUUCCUACUAACAUUGUGAUUGAUUAUAAGGCCAGAAACAAUACCAAAAAGUUCAGUUAUUCAUGGUUUUUUCAACCAAAAUUGGCAAAGAAAAAAUACUUUUAGCAGUACAUCUCCUUUAAUCUUUUGUUGCGUGAAGCUUGAGAUUAUCCUAGCAGCUUGAUGUUGUUGUUGUUGCAUUUUUAUGGACCUGAACACCAAAAAAUAAACCAAAAAAAGAAUUUGCCAACCUUAAUUGCCUCCUGCUUGUUCAAUUCUGGGAAAAAUCUCAACUCUAUGUAAUCCUUUAACUCCCAUGAGUGACCAAGGCAGAAUUUCUCCUCGCAAUAUCAAUACGCUAUCAGCCAGAUCAGUGAUGAGAAUAAAGAAAAAGAUCAGUUUGGGGAUAAUAAGUUGAUCCAAUACCUAAUUCUUUGAACUAACAUUAUAAGAAUUGUAUGGUUGACAGAAAGGAGAAUUACAAAUUGGAUCUGGGAGUUAAAGGGUUAAGUCAUUUCCCUAAAAGAAUGGUCAUUACUGGUGGUAACUCAAAAUUUCUGUUCACUCGGCCUGACACUAUUUAUUUCCAAACUGGGUGAAAGUUGGCUCUGUAGGGAUCAGGUAGAAGGUAUGUUUGUUUGUUUGUUUUUUUUUUUCAGAAUAAAAGUUGAAAAGUAUGUGCAUUUGUUCCUUUAUAGGCAGCUGAAGUCUCAUAUGAGCAUUUACUUGGAGCUAAACAACUAGGAUUCUCUGAUAAGCAAAUUGCAAAGUGUAUUCACAAGUAAGUUGCACAUGUAGCUAUGGAAAAUUUUGUAUCCUUUAUAUCAUUUUGCAAGAUUUUCAAAUCUAACCUCACCAGCUGUAGCCAGUCAAAAGGAUUCAUACAUGGUUUGAUAGGAUUAGGUCAUUCAGUUUCCUCACCUCUGUCAGGUGCUCAGUAUCAUGACUAGCAGAAUGCAUUCUUGUUAAAUGACAAACUACAAAUUCAGUUAUCUGUACAUCUGAGCAUUCAAAAAAAGAAAAAUGUUAUUGGUUUGCUUAACCUGAGCCAGCAACUUCAUUAAUUAUCUUUUGUGACCAAUUGGAAUGUAAGGUUAUUUGUGUACUUUCAGCACUGAACUUGCUGUUCGCAAAGUUAGGCAGCAGUAUGGUCUUACUCCAUAUGUAAAGCAGAUUGACACCGUGGCUGCAGAGUACCCAGCCUUUACAAACUACCUGUAUCUGACUUACAAUGCAUGUGAAGAUGAUAUAGAUUUCGACAGUGGGGCCUGUAUGGUAAUUGGUUCUGGGGUGUACCGAAUCGGCAGCAGUGUGGAAUUUGAUUGGUGCGCUGUAGGCUGUAUCAGAGAACUUAGAAAGGUAGGUACACUGUCGUAGUUGUUUUGAUAUUCUCCUUGCAUGUAAAUCACCUCAGAAAGCAGGUCAACCUUAUUAUUUGAGAACCUCUAUUGCCAUGUUUCCUAGUCACAAAUUUUCUUUAUUUUUUAGUUGAAGAAAAAGACCAUAAUGUUGAACUAUAAUCCAGAAACUGUCAGUACAGAUUAUGAUGAAUGUGAGAGACUGUACUUUGAUGAAAUCUCCUUUGAGGUGAGUGUUGCACAGGGCUCCAAGUUCAACUUUUUACAAAAUUUUUCCAAAUAGAUUGGUUUGUAGUAAAGCCAUUUUUAUGAGUUUUUCACCUAGCAAGUGUCUAUCUAUUAUUUUAGAUUGUUAUGGACAUUUAUGAAAAAGAAAAUCCAGAGGGUAUUAUCCUAAGCAUGGGAGGACAAUUACCAAACAACAUUGCAAUGCAGCUUCACAGACAACAGGUAGGGGUCAAUCAGUCAAGCAGUCAAUUGAUUAUUGAUAUUAACCAAUAAUCCAUGGCACCUAAUAUUCACUUCAUUCACCCCCUACUCCCCCUCUCCCCCCCUUCCCCCCUAUCACUCCCUCUCCCCCCAUUUACAUGUAAACCGGUGGACAUUCUGGGGCUUCAAGGCUCAGAAAGGUGAAAGGUGGAGUAACUGGCGAUCAAAACCCUAAGUGUUUAUCUUUAGUAUGCAUCACCAAUAAGUCACUGGCCAACAGUGGUUCGUCAGAUGGAUCUCUCCAAACUGCUAUGAGUGUAAUGUUAUUGCAUCAUUUGUUGUGUAGGUUCGCAUCCUCGGCACCUCUCCUGAGAUGAUUGACAAUGCCGAGAAUCGUUUCAAGUUUUCCAGAAUGUUGGACAACAUUGGAAUUCUGCAGCCACAGUGGAAAGUUCUUACAACUUUAGAGGUAUGUUGCGUAAACAGAUCAUCCUUUUCAAAUUAUGUAAAGAAUAACUAUUGAGGAGAGAGAAAUGUUUGAAAUACUUACCUCAAUGCAUUCAAGAAGCGUCGUUGGUAAAACUGAUUUAUAAAAAUUAUGAAAAGACAACUCAUUUGCACUGAAUAUUUUCAUAUGCCAUAGCUGUAGUGUAGGUGUUAGUGUUUGUACAGCGGCUGCAUGGCACGUUACAGCUGUUUAAGAAGUUGCAUUAAAUGUGUGCUUAAAAAUGUGGGGAAAAGAGUAAAUCUGUAAGAAUUCAACUGACCACAGACCGACCAAUUUCGACGAGAAUCAUUAACACUCUUUUUGAAAACAUUUAUUUUACAGGAUGCCAAAAAGUUCUGUGCCACAGUUGGGUAUCCCUGUCUUGUGCGACCAUCCUAUGUGCUCAGUGGUGCGGCCAUGAAUGUUGCAUUUUCUGAUCAUGAAAUGGUUACGUACCUUGGCAAUGCUCAGUCUGUAUCCAGUGAACACCCUGUUGUUAUUUCCAAAUUCAUUCAAAAUGCAAAGGUGAGAAGCUGUUUUCAAGCAUGCUUACAUCUCACUUUGAAGAAGCCCGCGUAAUACCAAGUUACCUACUUUCUUUAAUAUCAUCAUCUGCACAAAUUGCUCAACUUGUCUCUGCAGGAGAUAGAUGUCGAUGCAGUGGCUAGUGAUGGUGAGGUGGUUGUCAUGGCUGUAUCUGAACAUAUAGAAAAUGCUGGUGUCCAUUCUGGUGAUGCUACAAUGGUUUUACCUCCACAAGAUCUGAAUGAAGAGACACUCAAAAAGAUUCGAAAGAUCUGCUUUGAUAUUGGACAAGCCUUAAUGGUCACAGGGCCUUUUAACAUGCAGCUGAUUGCUAAGGUUUGUCUUCUGUAUGUACACAUGGUUUUAUUAAGAACCCUUUUUUUGCCGUCUCUGUUCAGUUCUAGUUCACAGAUGAGGCCAAAUUGAGGUCAAAGAAUCGCACACGAGCCGCGAGCGAGUGGCUCACUCAUGUUACCGAUUUUAAUAUCAGAUGUGACCUGUAACUGAUUAGAUGCAAAUUGGAAUCUAUUUUAUUUACACAAUGAACAGGAAGGUACUUUACCUUUUAACUCACACUACUGUCUCCUCGAUGGAAAAGCGAAAGUUGCCUUUUUAAAUGAAAACUUACUUGUACUUUUUAAUUUAAAGUUUUCCUCCUAUGAUCUGAAAACAAAUUCCUCCAACUGAUGACCAGAUGUUACUUUCUUGGUUAGUAUUGAGAAUUUGAAAUUGGGAAAUAUGCCACAAUGAUAAUUUUCUUUCUCCUCGUCACGUGAUAAUUACGAAUGGUGAUAGGUUUAUUAAAGUGAGUUGUAUUGUUUGAUUCACAGGAUAAUGAACUGAAAGUAAUCGAAUGUAAUCUUCGUGUGUCCCGGUCCUUUCCUUUUGUAUCCAAGACUCUUGAUCACGACUUUAUCGCUAUGGCAACACGAGCAAUCUGUGGUGUACCUGUCGAGCCAGCUUUGGAUCGCACGGGAUAUGGCCGAGUUGGAGUGAAGGUGAAAGGAACGUUUAGCAUAAGAGCAGUUUGUGAAUUUGUUCUGUUUCAAUACACUUGAAAGGAAUAAAGUAGCUAGCAGAGAUGUCUGGCUCCAACGAGCUUCUUCAAUUUUGAGAUACUGACUUAUCAGGCGCACGUUAUUUCACUAAUCCUCAACACAGAAAUGUCUAGUCUUGUAAUUUCUUUAAUUUCGGAGAGACAUAUUUAUGACUAAGCGAUCUUCGUCAGUUUCCGUAUUUUAGUGCUCAAACUCUUUUUUGAACUUCUAUGCAAUCGCUGGACUAAAUGUGACGCUUCUGAGGCCGGUAAUUAAAAACCGUUAGCAUUAUUUCCGGUUUAUCUUACGGCACAUGCUGUCACCAGCACCGUAAACAACGCCGUGUUUUCAAUAAAAUGUAGAACAUUGAAAAGGGUCUUUUUACGAAAAAAGCGAACAUUUCAUAUCUUGUUCGGAAGGAUUGUGUCAGAGAUGACAAAAAAAGUAAAUCGAUUUUUGUUUUUUCGUCGUUUUUUUUUUCCCUUUUUUGUCAUCAAGGUACCUCAAUUUUCUUUCUCACGCCUGGCUGGGGCAGAUGCCAUGUUAGGCGUGGAGAUGUCUAGUACGGGAGAAGUGGCCUGUUUUGGCGAAAAUCGAUACGAAGCUUACCUCAAGGGUAUGCUUAGUACUGGGUUUAAGAUUCCUCAAGAGUGCAUCCUUCUAUCGAUUGGAAGCUUCAAGGUACAAUGACUUUUAAAAGUUUAAAUUUAUUUAAGUUAGUUUUCAUUUCACUGAAAGGUAAUUUCAAUACUGUUCCAAAUAUCGCAAACUUGAGUUCAUCUUGAACUUCAGACCCCGCCUUACAGACUUGAAAUUCAAAUUUGACCACAGUUACAUUACUCCUCACUGAUAUCUCAAAAGUUGAUUUUUUUUCCUCACCGAUAACAAUUUGAACCUUAGGGAUAUUUUUCUCUCAAUUUUACCCUCGACAUCUUGGACGAGCUUAAAGAGAAAACCAUCUGGAUUUUAAGCACUUAGCUACUUUAUGCCCUUUUUGAUCACUCUCUUUUGACACUGCAGUUGUUCCCAAUAGCAUUUUACAAACUUUCUUUGAACAACGCGAUAAUUUUUAUUGUUGUGUGGUUUGAAUGUUUUUAGUCCAAGAAUGAGAUGUUACCAAGCAUUAAUACUUUGGUAGAAUUAGGAUUCAAGUUAUAUGCCAGUCCAGGGACAGCUGAUUUUUACACGGAGCAUGGGGUUAAGGUCAGUAAUCACUACCAUUUUCAUUUAUCAAACAUAGAAGAAAGCUUAGAGGGACAAAAGGUUUAGGGUUGUUGUGUCUUAAUUCGUGGUAGCCACAUGUCAGGAAAUGAUCCGUCCGGCUACAACUGACAUUUUUGGAGAAAAGCCAUUCACCCAUAUUUAGUCAGGCAGUCAGUUUACCACUUUUUCUGUCUAAAGAAACUGUGGUGCUGCGUCGGUGGGAGAGUUUAGCAAAAAAUAGUUCGGAAAGCCGCAAAACGCUAGAACAAAAGUUUAUCUUCCAAAUCGGCACUCUUAAUCCCCACGGUAUCAACGAGCGCUUUUCAUUCGACUAAUUUAUUCUUGUUUUCUCGUCACCAUAUUCCCACCAAUAGCGUAGCUAUAUUUUCUGAAUAUAAACCUACACACGAGCCACAAUUCUUCCAAUCGCUCUGACGAGGGGCUCACGCUCGAAACGUCAGCAUUUUUACUAUUUACGGUGGCCAGUUUACGUUUUCAACUCAGUUGUUAACACUAAUUUACCUUUCAGUCAGGCAGUCUGUCUGUCAGUCGUUUGCGCCUGUUUAAUACUCUUGACCGCUAGCAGAAACAAUUCACCGACUCGUAUUUACAUCGUGCCAUUGUGAGCUUCUUGGAACUUCUCUGUGUUAAAGAAAAUGGAUGGAAUGGUCGACUGCCAGGGAAGGCUGAAGGCUUUUAUUGUUAGUAAUAAUUCGAAUCUAUUGAUUUUAGUCAGGGAAUUGUGUAGUUUUAUUGGUAGAAAAGCAUAGUUACGCACGAUUUAAAAUGUUCGGCGCGCAAAGCGAAAUUUUUUGUCACUCUUGAAGGCAAGGUAAGUCUAUCGAUGUAAAAAUACGCAUAAUUUCAUAAUUGCAUAUCAUAAUUAGGGCGAACACAUUUCAGGGUUUCUCGACUUCUUCCUUAACCAGUGGUGUUCUUUACACGCAGGUCAAAACAGUGGAUUGGCCAUUUGAGGAGGGAGGUAAUGGCGCCACAGAGCAGAGUAUUCUAGAUUACCUUGCACAGAACAAGUUUGAUUUGGUGAUCAACCUUCCGCUAAGGAGAACUGGCUCCAGGCGUGCGUCGUCUUAUAUAACACAUGGUUACCGCACCCGCAGAAUGGCUAUAGAUUAUUCCAUACCACUCAUCACAGACAUUAAGUGUGCUAAGCUCCUUAUUGAGGUAAUUACGAGAAGUUAAGUAAACGACAUGCUUGUCCACAUUGUUUCACGGUACUAAAUGAAUGUUUAAUCGUUUUACUCACGAAGUAGAGUCACUAUCGUCUGAAGAGAGGCCAACUGUAAGUCUGGUUUGGAACGAAUCCGCUGAACGUCUUUAAUUUUGUAAACAAUAAUGUUUAUGGACCUUGUACUAAGUCACAACUUGAUUUGUUCUCUUGUGUACUUAAUUUGUUCCCUUGAGUAGAUCUUUGUGAUUUGUAGGCUCUAAAGAGAAUCGGCGGAGCCCCUAAACUGAAGACUCACAUUGAUUGCAUGUCAUCUGGCCGCGCAGUUCGUCUGCCUGGGUUGAUUGACGUACAUGUGCACCUGCGCGAUCCUGGGGCGACACAUAAGGAAGAUUACUCAUCUGGGACUGCAGCAGCUUUGGCUGGUGGUGUGACAAUGGUGUUAGCCAUGCCUAACACUAAUCCCGCUAUUGUUGAUGAAUCAGCGUUCAAUCUGGUUAGAAAGGUACGGUGGAGAUGAUUUGUAAAAAGCAGAGCUUUAUUUGAGUUACCCGUUUACCAUGACGGCAUUGUUAUAUUUACAUGUUUUAAAAAUAUCUAAUUAGUGCUCUUUUUUUGACUCUUAGACCCACAAGAUUGACUUGCGUCUAAUUUCUCCUCACAUUAUCACCCCUAAUCACACAUUUAGGUCAUGAGAAUAAAGGAAACGAUCACCAAUAGAAGAAGCUCAUAGUUGUUAAACAAAUUCUCCUCAGCACCUUAGGAAAUGUAAAGAGAACAGUGUGGAGAAUAAAGAGACUGAUUUUAGGGUGGCAAGAGUAAAUAUAAUACGAUGCUAUUUAAAUGGCAAAGUAAGAUCAGUAAUUUUUACCUUAAUGAAGGAAAAAUUAUUGUAAUUUCUUUUGGACACGACGCUAAAUGUACAACUGAGAUUUUACUUUAUCAAUCCUCAAUUUUCAGUUGGCCUCUGCUGGUGCUCGAUGUGAUUAUGGUAUAUACUUGGGUGCCAGUGCUGAUAACUACACGACAGUGAAGGAUUUGGCCCACCUGUCUGCUGGUCUAAAAAUGUACCUCAAUGAAACGUUUACUACUCUGAGACUUGACGAUAUGUCAACAUGGAUGAAGGUGGGGCCUGGUUUGUUUCGAUAGAUAGCGCUAUCCGGGAUUCUCUGCCGUAGCGAUCGCGAUUUUUUCUCUGCACCAGUUUUCUUAAUUACAGCUGGGAUAUGUAGGAUGUAUUGCGCUUCAGUUACGUUGUAAACAUGCCAAAAGUUUUGAUUUGCGUUGGUAAAUUGUUUUUCAUCAUUUUUAUUCAUUCCAGCAUCUUGAGCAUUGGCCAAAACAUAUACCACUGGUGUGCCACGCCGAGGGACGCACAACUGCUGCCAUCCUUUUGCUAGCAGAGCUUGCUGAUAGACCAGUUCAUAUAGCUCAUGUGGCAAGGAAAGAAGAGGUGAGAGCAAAAAAGCCGGGCUACUUGAUUAGUAUUCCCCUCCCCUGGUAUGGUCCAUUCCUCCUUAGUCAACGAGGCUCGUUUUAGGCCGUUUGUCACUCUACAAAAAUGUAAGCGGUAGUUCUACGUCCUCCAUUCCCUCCAAUCUGGCCUUAUUCAGCCUUAAACUAGCAUCUCCUUCGGCGUUCUUCCUCUUGUGCCAAAGCAGAUGUUGAAUUGCGUUGUCGUGUUCUUCAUCUGAAAACAAAGUAAUGAAAAAAAAAAUAGAAACUGGCUUGGAAAGGGAAGAACUUGAGCCUUAGAUGGUCGUCUUGAGAUUCUGCUCACGUUUUGCCGAACGGGCUCUUUGGCAAUGUCUUAGUAUAUUCCUGAAGGAAGUGUUCCUCAGAGAUAAUCAUGGAGCAGUAGAAAGCAUUAUUCACUAUCGCUGCGUUUCUCAUAUAAUCUUCCUAACAUAACUAACUGACCCAAACUGACAAUAAACUGAACUAACUGACCCCUUGUAAUGUGUGUAGGUGCUUGUGAUUCGAGCUGCGAAAGAGAGAGGAAUCCAAGUCACAUGUGAAGUAUCGCCUCAUCACUUGUUCCUGACAGAAGAUGACGCGGAUAGGAUUGGCAUCAAGAGAGUUGGGGUCAAGCCUCCUCUUGUAACGGCUGAAGAUCAGAAGGCACUCUGGGAUAAUAUGGACAUCAUCGAUUGCUUUGCUACAGAUCAUGGUGAGGUUCAUUGGCCUGAAUAUUAUAACUGAUAACAUUUAACUCUUAGGUCUUGUGCACAUAAUUCAGCAUGAAAGUUUAUCGCCGCGCGGUUUUUACUUAAGUGUUUAAUUUUUUCUUUCUUGUAGCACCACAUACACUGGAAGAGAAAGAUUCUGAUAAGCCGCCGCCUGGCUUUCCUGGACUGGAAACCAUGCUGCCUCUGCUGUUAACUGCAGUGCACCAAGAAAGAUUAACGAUUGAAGUAAGAAUCAAUUCUCAUUUUCUCAUAAGCUUGCAGUACAUUUUACAGCCUUUGUCAAACAGGGUCAGAAGGAAGCAGGGAUAGAACACUGAUGAGGAUAGUUUCCGUCUCACCAGCUUCCCCGGUGCUCAAAUGUGUUUUUGCUAAGUCCCUUUUUCUUGUGUAAUUAAGUCUGCGAUUUUUGCUCCGAUAUUUACUCUGGAAGAAGUAAAGGAAAUGGUUGUAUGAAGAAGAUCCAUUUCUACUUAGUGCUUCCUUAUUGUAAGGCUUACAAUAGGGAAGCACUGGUUGGCUUUUAUUAGCCAGACUACAAGUAAUCUUUCUUUCUGUCAUACGUCCAACCAUUUGUCGAUCGCGGAUGAUCAUAAGAUUUCGCGCGACACUUGCCGAUUUAGUCUACAUAGUCAAAUGAACGACCUGUAUAUGGAGUUCUGACUUAUGCACUCAGGAUGAUGUGUCUUUCUAUGCUACAACAAAAUGUCAAAGGGGAUAUUUUGAAAUAGACUGGGUCCCAAUAAUCCAAGUUAUGUGAAAUAAGUGUAGCAACAUCGCAAAUGUGUUUCCAACAUGUAGUUAGCUUUUGUCCAAUACGUUUAUCAGUAUUGCUUCAUAUGUUGGACUUACUAGUAUUAGUGAUCCUCGGGAAAGUGUAACUGACGUUUAGUUGUUAAACGUGUGUUAGGACAUUAUUCUUCGACUGUGCACGAAUCCACGAAAAAUCUUCAGCCUUCCCGAGCAGAAAGAUACAUACGUUGAGGUCGAAAUUGGAGAGGAAUGGACUAUUCCGUCCGCUAUGACUUACUCUAAAGCGCAGUGGACGCCAUUCGCCGGAAUGAAAGUCAAUGGCUGUGUUAGAAGAGUUGUGCUGAGGGGUGAAACUGUGGUUAUUGACGGAAAGGUGAGUGUGAGGCUUCCUUUCCUCUCUUUUAUUGGUUGUUGAAGGCCGAUUAACAUUAUUUGCUUGGUAACACGGAUUCUUAAUCUGUGCCGAAGGAGGAUGUGAACAAUUCCGGUUAGAUCUGUGUUGGAAAAGGAUAACUUGUUGAGUGUCUUUGAAUCUGACUUUGGGUCUGGAGAGUUUUGAAAAAUGACGAAAACUACGUUUUUCAACUAAAGACGGCUAGAUUUUCCGCUAACAACUUCGUAACCUCAGAGCGCUCAAAUAGAGUAGCUGAGGUCGUCACCAGUAGCAAACAGUUCUUGUUGAUCUUCAGAUUGAUAGAGAAUUAUUACACUGCAGGUCCUGGCGGCCCCUGGAGCUGGACAAGAUGUGCGCAUGAUCAGUUCAUUGCCAGCUGCGCCACCCGUCUACCAAUUGCAACCGCAGCCUCAGAUACCGCCCCCCAGUCCCAGGAAGGUGUCAGACACCCGCUGGGGCUUUCCACCGGCUGUACAUCGGUUUGUUGAUACGCAUUAUGGCGGACCAGAACCUCUCAGCGUGUCUUUAGGAGGUACUUAGGCUCACAAUUCAAUCGUUGUUCAGUUUAAGCACGCGUGACAUGGACAAUAUCUCGCGCCAAAACUGCUGCUUUGCUUCGCGGGUGUAAAACUUUGGCGCUUGUGCUGCUCCCGCAAAAAGCACCUCUUCUUCCCAAAUGAACUCAACCAGAAGUACGGGACUGAAAUUCCUACAAAAAAAGUUUCGGGAGAAACUAACUAACCUCUGAAAGGUAGCAUACAAACAAAUGUGACUUUUACUCCCGUUAUUUAAGGGCCCUCUUUCUAUUCCUAUCCCCUUUUUAACAUGUUUUUCUCUUUUUGUUUUUCAGAUGGGACCCCAGAGUCUGCACCGCAUUCUGUCCAUACCCCUCCACACCCAGUGUCGCCAGGUGUACAUUCACAUGUCCCAAUGACCCUUCCCCAUGUACCUUCCAAUGUGAUCUGGGGUCAACACAUUUUGAGCGCCAGUAAAUUCACCAGAGAGCAGGUAUAUAAACGGCUACCUUUUCCUCUUGAAGAGCGAGGUGUACCACCAACGUCCAAAUUCUCUUUACUUGUCUUCAUAUAUUUUGUAUUCCCAGCUUCCUUUGGAAAAAUUCCCGGAGAUUGAAUUUGUGAGCUUGACUCCUCAAGUAUGGACACAAACGAGUGUUCCAAAUACCACCUUGAAAAUACGAAGAUCAAAACUCUAAGAUUUAGCUCGCACUCUUCUAAAAACUAGAUUAGCCUUCAAAGAGCUGUAAUUUGAAACGCUUUGUUAAAUUACGAUACAGUUAAAUGCUAUGGUUAGAAGGGAAGUGUUAUUGAACAACUAGAUCUUAAUGAAAUCUAUCGCAAAGAAGAAAGGUAAAGGCUGAAAUGCUUUUUGAUGAGUGUGAUUUUAUAUUGAUAUUGGUUUUUAUUGUAUAUUCACAUGUUUAUUUGUUUUCGUAAAUUUCUUAUAAUUGGAAACACAACCUCACAAAAAGGUUUAUACCUGAAGCCAUAUCUUGGAUGGACUAAGGAUAUCCUUCUUGUAGUUGAUAGUCUAUUAGUAAGGAUGUUCUGCUUAGAAGAGCGUAUUUUCUUUACACAGCUCCAUUUCCUGUUCAACGUGGCUCAUCAGAUGCGGCUGGUCGUUCAGAGAGAAGGUGUACUGGAUUUACUUAAGGUAAUACUUUGUUAAAACUCUGAUGAGAGAGUAAUUUCCUCCGAAGAUCAUUUAGCUCUGAAACAAAUUUGGGGAAGAUAGGACGGUGCAAUUUCGUUCCCUAAAUUCCAAAUCGCCCGGGAUUAAGCUUUGGCUUGGUCUGUACGUUGAGUUCUUAGGCAAUACUCUUAUUUUUACAGUCCCCUCUCCGCCCAUGAGUAUAAAUAGGUACCGGUGAAUCGUCAAAGAAAGCUGAUGAAAUGUAACCCCUCCCUCCAACCAGCCUGUGGGAGGGAGAGGGACUUGCGAUGUACUAGAAUCCCAUCCAGGGGGCGGAGGGUAGCACUAUUCUCAUCCACUUAAUUUCACAGAUCCCGGGAUAAGCUUGGAUAUUAGCCAGUUACCUCUUCCUCAGACUUUCCUUCGGAUUUGUUGUCUGUUAUCACAUAUGUAUAAAGUUAUCGACUUACCAACAGAUGAGACUUGUCUGUCUGCUUUGUGUAUCGACUGUGAUUCAUUAUUUGAUUGAUUUGGCUCCCAACACUGCAUUGAUUUCCCUUGUUUUUAUACAGGGUAGGGUGAUGGCAUCGUUGUUUUACGAAGUCAGUACACGGACGUCAUCAUCGUUUGCUGCCGCCAUGCAGAGACUGGGUGGAUCUGUCAUCUUCAUGAAGGAACAAGAUUCAUCGGCCAAGAAGGGAGAAAGUUUAGCAGGUAGUAUUUUAGAAGACACACUUUUGAUCAGAAUAUUUUCUUGGAUUGGUGACGUUUUCGAGAGAAUAAAUUUUGUUGAUUCUGUUCUGCGGGUAGAAAGUGAUAGUUACAACUUUAGGUCUUGAAGUAUAGAAAUAAGUAACCCAUCGAGUCAGCAGCCAUGUACAGCUGUUUUGGCCAGGUAAGACUAAAUUUUAUCUUCAAAAUGAUAACAAACAAGGCUGUCGGUUCUCACAAGUGGUAAUAUUUUGAAUGACAGACUCCGUACAAGUGAUGUCAUCUUACUGUGAUGUAGUAGUGAUACGACACCCUGAGCCCGGAGCAGUACAGGUCUGUUAUUAUCCUUUGGUGCUUUUCUUCUAACAGAACUGUUUGUCUGUCUGUCUGUCUGCCUGUCAGUCGCUUGUAGUUGAUAACCACUGAGCUGAGUGACUGUCUGAUUCUGUUCUUCCUUUCGUGGCAUUUUAUUCCCUUAACUGUUAAAGUUAGUUUAUUUCGAUGUGUUAAGCCUCUUACAUAACUGUUAGUCUGUCUGUCCGUCUUUAUCUUUGUCUCUCUGUCAGUCAGUCUGUCGAUCAGUCAGUCACUCAGUGAGUCCGUCAGCUAGUCCUUUAGCAAGUUCUAGUUGGUUUUCCCCCAAGUGUCGUUAUGUUUCUUUUUUCGUUGCAUUUUAUGCCUCUUUCUGUCAGAGUUGGUUACUUAAUUCAUUAAUUUGUUAAUUUUAUAUGAGGAUUGCAAUGGGUUUUUACCAUUUACAGAAAGCCGCCGAACACUGCCGCAAGCCAGUCAUAAAUGCGGGCGAUGGAGUUGGAGAACACCCGACCCAGGCCCUAUUGGAUGUGUUUACCAUCCGUGAGGAGAUUGGUACUGUAAACCGUCUGACGGUAAGGAAAACAAUCCGCUGUACUUUGUCAGUGAAUACCUAAAAGUUUUGAGGUGCCCAAGAUGAUAACGUGGAACGAAACUCCUCCAAUGUGCUGAAUGUAUGUUUUCUAAUAUCUGUCCCGGGCAUGCUAUGACCUACCAGCAUAGGUUUCAUGAUCCAUUGGUGAGUGUUACUGCUAAUGCGGCCUCUUGAAGUGCAGGCGGCUAACCAUCAGGGAAACAGUCCGAACAUAGCUUAGGGAGUGUUCUAUGAGAGUAUGGAUUGCUGAUAACUGAUGUCCGAAUACAAGGUGUGCAAAGGGAGGGUUACACUUUGAGUGUAAUCUUACAUUCAAAGCACAGGUUAUCUCGAGAAAGGUCAAAAUAACUGAUUAUUUUUCUGGCCGGUCGUGUUACAAACCAUACAUCUGCCCUGUACCUCUCCCUAACGAGUUUUCACUUUCAGAGAUACGCAAAUUAAUCAUAUUAGAUAAAGUUUUGUUCUGAUUUGGUUUUCAAAGGUGACCAUGGUCGGAGACCUGAAGAACGGCCGUACUGUUCACUCAUUGGCCAAACUGCUUUGCCUCUAUGACGUCACGCUCCGUUAUGUUUCACCUGCGGCACUUUCAAUGCCUGAAUCCGUCAAGGAAUAUGUCCGGAGGAAAGGAAUACAUCAGGUGAGUGACAGCUGCAGUUGCCUUGACGACAGUGGGCUGACUGAAGCGUUGAUUGGACGUAAAAGCCCUGAAGAGUGCAUUGCUGAUGUUGGAAGAAAGUUACUACAAUUGGCAAACAAAAUUGAGAACGAUUCAGGUCCGACGUUUGUUUUGGUUAUUGUUUUCAGCAGAAAAUUUUAAGGUUUGUGCAGAUCACGGAAUACAUGUAAAAGUCACCUGUUUUUCAUUGUAACUUUCCGAGACUGCAAUGCGAAUGUGAGUUUGACUGGAGUAUUGUUCCCCAUAGGAACAUGCACCAAAAAAUAUGGUUAUCCAAACGAAAACGCACUAGUAUGGAUUGGGGUUGAGAAUGGGAACCUCGAUCGAAAACCAACGGAGAAAUUAAGAGCAAGAACUGCAGUGCUAUAUAAUGGGAUCUGAUUGGCUGAUUCUCUCUUCACAGGAAGAAUUUUCAAGUCUUACGGAUGCGCUUCCUGACACAGAUGUUCUGUACGUGACAAGAAUUCAACGGGAACGAUUUGAAAGCCAAGAAGAGUACGAAAAGGUAAGUUGUGUAUUUGUUUACUUCAAAAAUCAUUUUUUUCUCGAAAUGUUCACAACUUGAACGAAAAAAAAGUAAUGAAGUGAGACUUAGUGAUCGUUUGAAUGGCUUACUAUUUUAGCUAUAUAAGCAACAACUAGCCAACUGACUUACGUACAUAUUUUGUUGUGGACUGUCUGUCUCUCCAUCUGUCUGACGGAACUGGUAGUUAUCCAACUGAUUGACGGAUGGAUCGUUAAUAUACUGAUUGAUUUAUUGAGCAGCCAACUGAUUGGUUUAGUUAUUGACUGAAUGACAAUCAUUUGAUUGAUUGACUGAUUGAUGGUUGAAUGGUUUGAUUGUUUCACUCUAGGUAUUUGGAAGCUAUGUCAUCACACCACAGAUUCUAACAGAAGCCAAGGAGAAGAUGGUUGUUAUGCAUCCUUUGCCUCGUGUAAAUGAAAUCAGGUGAGUUACCCACUGCAGUAGCUUGUGCGCCUUGAUGAAAGACCUUGAAAAUAAUUUGCGAGGUAGAAACGAGCAUUAACUUCCUUUGUUUGUUUGUUAUCAAUUACUGGCCACGGAAUUGACAGAGUCUGUGUUUGUACAUUUUUGCAGCGUGGAGGUCGAUUCUGAUCCUAGAGCCGCUUAUUUCCGUCAGGCUGAGUACGGCAUGUAUAUCAGAAUGGCUCUUCUCGCCUUGGUUUUGGUAAAGAGCUAAUGGAUUGCUGCUGGUAUACUGAGGUCCUCUUUCAUCAUUACUGAACCUCUUUUCCUCUGAAGUCUCAGUAAAACUGCUUCUAUGGCUUCGGAAGCUUGGGAAAUUAGCCUUAUUUGUUGUUAACUUAUUUGUUCUUAAUCUUGUCCAUCCCAAGUCAUCCUUGUUCCUUGAAAGUUUAUUAUUCCUUAUAUAUCUUUUCUCUCUCUUUCCCUUUUUUUUCUUGUUUUUUUCAUCUUCAUCGACAUUUGUGGUCUUCUUCCAACUGAAGGGUGUUUUGCACGUCGGAAAACGUGACUUGAUAGCGUAAAGUAACGCAACGUAACGUAACAACAUAAACAUGUAACGGUUAGACAUUAGCAGACAAUAGGUCUUAAAUUAAUUAUAAAGAUAAUUUGUUUGGGUAGGCAGACGAUAGAGAAGGAAGGAUAAACCGAAUUAAAAUGGUUUAUAAUGGAAAGCUUGACUAAAAACAUGGUUUUAGAUCAUAAACAAAGGAUGGAAAACAUGAAAAGAGACUUUUAGUCACAAACGAGGUAGAUAAUGCCUUUAGAUAUUGUUCCUGUUAGUUACCCAUAGUGUUCCAACUACAAUAAUUCUCCUUCGAAUCGGAGCGGUAAAAGUUAGCAGUGUUCGCAAAUUUCGACAAUAUGGAGCCUUCAGAGGUGGAACCUUAAAAAACAGUUUCUCUUUGAAGGCUAAACACACUGAUAUUUAUAAGUGGCAGAUUAGUUUUAUUUGUAACAAACUCAACUUUCGUUAAAUAUUUGACACGAUUUGAAUAACUUGGAUCCGACUAUUUUUGGUGCAGAAUUUAGACAGCGAGAGAAUAGAUUUUGUAAAAUCAUUGAGCUGCUUAGUUCCAGACUCUUGUAACUUUCGGACUGUACAAUAUAAAUAUAGGAAAUUUACUAUAACCAUUUGACAGAAUGGCGCAGUUUUUGUUGUUGUUUAAUCAAUGUUCGUCGGUUGAUGGUCAUCGAGUGACUGUAGAUUGACAGUUAGCCUGAAAGCAUGAAGCAAUUUUGUGUCCGUAUUAGGAAUAAUUAUCGUCUAAAUACCCUAUUAUUGUGGGACGUUUAAAGAUUGGUCUGUGAAGAAAAUGUUCAGUUCUCAUAGUCAAUAAAGCAAUUGAUUUGUACUCCUCAAUUUGUGUUGGAUUGUCGUAUCUUGGAAAAUAUUU